CGCGCGCUGACGCCGAUGAUGUCGGACGCGUCCUCGGAUCUCGGCGGCGCCAGGGCCGGGCCCGUCGAGCGCGACAUCGAGCAGGCCAUCACUGCUCUCAAGAAAGGGGCAUACUUGCUCAAGUAUGGACGUAGAGGGAAGCCAAAGUUCUGCCCCUUCAGGCUUUCCAAUGAUGAAUCUGUAUUGAUUUGGUUCUCAGGGAAAGAGGAGAAGCAGCUAAGAUUGAGCCAUGUGUCCAGAAUAAUUCCUGGACAGCGAACUGCAAUUUUUCAGAGGUAUCCACGACCUGAGAAGGAAUGCCAGUCAUUUUCUCUCAUAUCUCAUGAUAGAUCAUUGGAUAUUAUAUGCAAAGAUAAAGAUGAAGCUGAGGUGUGGUUUGCUGGGCUAAAAACACUGAUAUCCCGUAGUCACCAACGAAAAUGGAGGACAGAGUCAAGAAGUGAUAUGCUUUCCUCUGCUACGACUAGUCCAAGAACUUACACAAGAAGGAGCUCCCCCUUGAGUUCUCCUUUCAGCAGCAAUGAUAGUGUCCACAAGGAUGGUAGCGAAAACUACCGACUCCGUAGUCCAUAUGGGAGUCCACCAAAGGUCGGCUUGGACAAGGCCUUUUCUGAUAUCGUAUCCUAUGCGGCUCCACCCAGGCCCUUCUUUCCAUCGGAUUCUAAUGUUGGUUCAGUCCACUCUGCGUCUUCUGGGCACUCAGAUAACACAAAUGGUAGAGGCAUCCCGAUGGACGCUUUCCGAGUUAGUUUAUCAAGUGCUGUUAGUUCAUCAAGUCAUGGUUCUGGUCAUGAUGAUGGUGAUGCUCUAGGAGAUGUUUUCAUAUGGGGAGAGGGAACUGGGGAGGGAAUUCUUGGAGGUGGAAAUUCAAGGGUUGGAAGUUCCUCAGGUGCAAAGAUGGAUUGUCUUGUACCAAAACCACUGGAGUUCGCUGGAAGACUUGAUGUGCAAAACAUUUCUUGUGGAGGAAGGCAUGCCACACUUGUCACAAAGCAGGGAGAGGUCUACUCUUGGGGUGAGGAGUCUGGCGGGCGUCUUGGUCACGGUGUAGAUUGUGAUGUGCCCCAGCCAAAACUUAUCGAUGCUCUUGCUCAUAUGAACAUUGAGCUAGUGGCAUGUGGUGAGUACCAUACUUGUGCAGUUACGCUCUCUGGAGAUUUAUACACAUGGGGAAAUGGCACCUUUAAUUUUGGGCUUUUGGGUCAUGGGAAUGAAGUCAGUCAGUGGAUGCCCAAGAGGCUCAAUGGACCAUUAGAAGGAAUACAUGUUUCAUCUAUUUCAUGUGGCCCUUGGCACACAGCUGUAGUAACGUCUGCGGGGCAGCUAUUCACAUUCGGAGAUGGCUCUUUUGGAGUUCUAGGUCACGGAGACCGACAGAGUCUUUCUGUCCCAAGGGAGGUGGAAUCCCUCAAAGGUCUACGGACUGUCCGCGCAGCUUGUGGUGUGUGGCACACGGCCGCCGUUGUUGAAGUUAUGGUUGGGAAUUCAAGUUCCAGCAAUUGUUCAUCUGGCAAGAUAUUUACAUGGGGUGAUGGUGAUAAAGGUCGUUUAGGACAUGGUGACAAAGAUUCAAAACUAGUCCCAACGUGUGUAGCUUCGUUGGUUGAGCCUAACUUUUGCCAAGUAGCUUGUGGUCAUUGCUUCACGGUAGCACUAACAACCUCUGGGCAUGUAUAUACAAUGGGAAGUUCUGUCUAUGGUCAGCUUGGAAAUCCACAAGCAGAUGGCAUGAUUCCUACGCGUGUUGAAGGGAAGCUACAUAAGAACUUUGUAGAGGAAAUCUCUUGUGGUGCUUAUCAUGUUGCUGUCUUAACUUCCAGGACAGAGGUGUAUACAUGGGGUAAAGGUGCAAAUGGUCGGUUAGGACACGGUGAUACUGAUGAUAGGAAUUGUCCUACACUGGUUGAAGCUCUGAAAGAUAAGCAGGUCAGGAGUGUUGUUUGUGGAAUUAACUUCACUGCAGCAAUAUGCAUUCACAAGUGGGUGUCUGGAGUUGACCAGUCUAUGUGUUCUGGAUGCCGCUUGCCAUUUAACUUAAGGAGAAAACGGCAUAAUUGCUACAAUUGUGCCCUUGUAUUUUGUCACUCCUGCAGCAGUAAGAAAUCUCUGAAAGCUUCAUUAGCACCUAAUCCAAACAAGCCUUACCGUGUCUGUGAUAACUGCUAUGGCAAACUGAAUAAGGCACCUGAGACAGAUAGAUAUUCUUCAGCAAAGCGGGGAGCUAUCUUGCAAGGGUUCAAUGAUUCUAAUUCCAUCAAUGAGGAUAUGGAGACAAGAUCAAAUGUUCAACUGUCUAGAUUGUCAUCGAUGGAAUCUUUCAAGAACAUGGAUAGCAGAUAUUCAAAGAGAAACAAGAAGUUUGAAUUUAAUAGCAGUCGUGUUUCCCCUAUUCCAAAUGGCAGUUCUCACUGGAGUGGUCUCAACAUUUCAAAAUCUUUUGGCUCAUCAAAGAAAUUCUUCUCAGCAUCAGUUCCAGGAUCAAGAAUUGUUUCUAGGGCGACAUCACCUGUUUCAAGAAGAGCAAGCCCUCCUAGAUCAACAACUCCAACACCUACCUUGGGUGGUCUAACAUCUCCAAGAGUUGUAGACGGUGCCAAGCCAAUAAAGGACAGCCUAAGCCAAGAGGUUGUAAAUUUGAGAUCGCAGGUGGAAAAUCUUACUCGGAAGUCUCACCUACUGGAAGUUGAAUUGGAGAGAACAACUAAACAGUUAAAAGAAGCUAUUUCCAUUGCAGGGGAGGAAACUGCCAAGUGCAAAGCUGCAAAAGAAGUAAUCAAGUCGCUCACUGCGCAAUUGAAGGGUAUGGCAGAGAAACUACCUGAAGGAGCAGGGGCAGGAGCAGGAGCAGGAGCAGGAGCAGUUAAGCACAACAGACUGCCACCGCUUUCUGGAAUGCCUGUUCCAAGUGAUAUAUCAGUGGCAACUGAGAAUUUAGGUAGCCCAAGAGGUUCUGGAGAGCCGUAUUUGAACGGAUCUAAUGGGUUGGUUGUUUCUAAUGGACCAAGUUCAGUUAGAAAUAAGACUCACUUAGAAGUUGGCAAGAAUGGAACCAGACUUCCUGAUUCAGACACUAAGCUUGAGUCUGAAUGGGUAGAGCAAGAUGAACCUGGGGUCUACAUCACCCUUACUGCCCUACCUGGAGGGGCUAGAGAUCUCAAGAGGGUCCGGUUCAGCCGGAAGCGUUUCAGCGAGACGCAAGCAGAACAAUGGUGGCAAGAGAAUCGUGCAAGGGUAUACGAGCUGUAUAAUGUUCGUGUGGUCGACAAAUCGGUUGGGAGUAUUGAUGGUGAUAUACCUCACUGACAUAGAACAUGUGGGUUACGAGAUUAAUUAGGGCCUGAAAGAGGAGGGGCCUGCUGUUUGGAAAAUGUGGGUUUGCAUUUUCUUUUACACAAUUCACCCCUCUUCCUUUUUUUUUCCUUGCGUGGAAAGUAGAUUGCUCGAGCAGAAGUGAUGUAAAUUGUCCGUGGCAGCUGGCUAAUCUGCCCUGUAAAUGCAUAAGCAAGCGCAUCAAUUUUAGAGUUUGUUCUUCCUGAUUAUCCAUUGAUCCGUGAAUAUAGGUUCAACAACCACUCGCGUUGCAGAGGACUUGA